CUCCUCCAGACUUUAGUUACUCCCAUUAAACUCAAGUAAUAAAAAACAGACCAACAUUAAAGUAAAUUCGCUUUCUCUCAGUACAGCGAUUGUUUGCCUUGGUAAUUAUAUAUUUUCGUCUUUGUUGCUGUUUUUUUUAACGGGAGUAAUUUUUUAUUUUUAUUGAUCGGUAAAAGUAUUUCUAGUCAAAAAUUAAUAUUCUGGGAGAUAAAACUCUCUCGUGACUGUAAGCAGCAUCUACAAACUAGAUAGUAUUUAGUAGUGAAUGAAUGAUGAAAAGGGGAAGUAUAAAACCAAGAUACUACUCUGUUUACUAUUAAAUUCUAUUAGUCUUUUAAACAACCAACUUGGACCAUCUUCACUUAGUGUUAUUUUUUGCAGUUGUAUUGUGAGUUAGACAUUUAUUUUUACAAGAGGAUGAAGGAAUUUUUUUUAUUUUUUCUUGCAGUGAUAACUAUUUUAGUCGUAAUAAACUCAUCAGUUGCGUACAAACCUGUGAGGUCUUUAAAACACUAUCAGCGAAAACCUUGGGUAUACCGGCGACCACAAUGGCAAAGAUUUUCCCAUCCUCGUAAGCGGCCAGUCAAUAAACGACCACCAGAAUUUCAUUAUCCACCUCAACGACGACCUCCAAGAUCCCAGUACCUAGAUAGAAACAGAGAACCGUUCACUAUUGAAUUUGAAUUACCUAUCGAGUAUGUCGAAAAUUACCACGGAAGAUUAAAGGGCGACUUUCAAAAUUAUGAUGAUGAUGAUUACACUUUAGAUGACUACGGCGAUGAUGACGCUGAUGAUCGCCAACUUAGAGUUCAGGUAUUAAAGGAAGGGAAAAAACGUCUUAGGAUAAAACUAUCUCGCAGCGAUGAUUUUGACACUAACAAACAGUCAAUUAAUGGAAGUAAUGGAAGUAAUUAUUGAAUAAAAAUAACGUGAGAAUGAGUUUAGUCAAUGAGUAUAAGCGUCAGAAACUUUAGUUUUAGUUUUCGUGUUGAGUUGGAAUGUUGGAAAGGUAUAAUGUAUAUAUAGUGGAUCAACUCUUUAUUCAGCAAUUUUGUAAUUUCCGACUUGAGAGCCAGCACCCGAGUAAAGUGACUUUUGAUGUAAAUUCAACAUGCCGUCGGUGGUACUUGCAAUUUCAUUUAAUGCAUCGUUACUCAUGUACAUGUCGGCGUACUUUUUUAUUAUCACGAUAUAUAAGUUAUAAAUAUAU